UUCGCCUCCACCUCGGCCUCGAGACAGACCGACCCGCCAGUCGCUCGCGACUCUGUCUCUGGCUCGGUUGCCCGUUCCCGCCAGCCUCGUCGUUAUCGUCGAUCUCUGUUUUCUUACCUUGCACGGGGCUGCCAGCGAUCGGAAGAAAGAUCGUCACACCGUAAACGAUCGCACAAUCGCGUUUCACAAAAAUUGCGACAAGUCGCAGAUUCUCGCUCGUGGAGAUCAUCCCCUAAAUUCCCGCUGGCUGUCGACGCCCCGGAACCGCAGAGAAUUCACCGCCGCUUAUCGAGCGCGCACGUGUUUCGCUCCGCUCUUUCUAUCACUUCUCUCUUCCUGUUAGUCUUCCCUCUCUCAAAAAAUUUCCUUCGUACGACUUUCUAUUGAAAAGUGGUGGGUGCGCUUUCCACGCGUUUUUCUCCUCGAUCGGACUUUCGUCGCGUGUUAAUUUUAUCCCGAUAAUAAUAAAGGUGCGAUCAUUCCCUACUCCAAAACAAUUUCGGAGUGCUGGUGCGGCUUUUCCGGCAAGUGGUAUCUUCGUCUCGAGCUGACGAAACGCUGAGUUCUCGCCGGUUUCGCCAAUUCGACCGUGAGUGUGGCUAUUUUGAGUGAACGUCACCGUGCGGUGCUCUUGAUGAAUGCGGUGCGUUAAGAAAGUUUAGACCCGUCGGCAUCCCGGCAUCCCAAGUGGAUUCCUCCUGACCAUGCAUCGAGGACAAGAUCUCCUCCGCAGGAUCAUGGGAAUGCAAGCGGCUGCAACGAUCGUCUUUCUGUUUCUCGGCGGAUCAGUUGUUUUACGUGGAGCCGAAGGAAGCGACUCGUGGCAGAAGACUGAAAGGUAUGCCGAACUAGGAAUGGAGGUUUUGUUACCUUGCAACCUGAAAUUACCACAAUGUGAGGGGCUGCACAGUAUCAAAUGGUACCGCGGAUCCACACGGAUUUUCAUCUUUAGCAUGGAUGCCGGAAUUAUACGCAGUAAUAGCGGCAUUGCUGCCAGGGCCGACAUAGAAUAUUCGACAAAUUCAUCGAAAACAUAUCUAAAGAUACCCGAAGUUCAGCUGGAAGACGGAGGCCUCUACAGAUGCGAAGCUACAUACUUAGCGGUCAAGCGAGAGUGCAACAAUGUACAACUCAUUUUUCUUAACGUCACAAUGCAACCAGCGUUUGUACGUGUCAUUGAUGAAAAUUCGAAGAAUACACUGAGCACAGGUGCUACUUUAGGACCUAUCAACGAGGGUUCAACGAUAGCUUUGUAUUGUGAGAGUGGCAAAGGCAAACCUAUACCUACAGUCGAGUGGUUUAAAGGUGACCAACCACUUGAAGCGACGAGUUUGUCGACCAUCACUGAUACCGGAAUAGGCGCUGGCAGUAGUUUACUCAAGAUGCAAAUUACACGGGAAGAGUUAGAUGCAACAUUCACGUGUAAAGUCAACAGUAUUGCUCUCGUGGAGCCACUCUCCGUUAAUAUUAAACUUGAUGUACAUGUGCGCCCGUUGGAAAUGGACUUAAGUGGAGUAGUCGAUCAUGUCGUGCAGGGAACGAAUUUAUUGCAGUGUAAAGUGCUAGCAGCGCGGCCCGCCGCCAACGUGACCUGGCAGAACGGAACGCAGUUCGUAAAUGAGAGUAAUGAAAGAUACGACCUACUUGAGACGAAAAUACACGAAAACGAGGACAGUACAUCGGACACGAUAAGUUAUCUCGCGUUUACGGCAUCGGUAUACGACAACGGCAGAACGUUUAAGUGCUACGCCGAGAAUUCGGUUACAAAUACUGAAGAUUUGAAGCCAAUGAUGAAAUCGACAACGAUCGAAGUGUUGUAUCCACCAAUAAUUAAUAUGAAGCCACACAAUAUAACAGUUAAUGAGUCGAACGACUUUCUAAUAUUUUGCGACUAUGAAGCAAAUCCAGCUUCGCUAAAUAAAGUGACAUGGUUACGAGACGACGAAGAAUUAGUGUUAAACGACGAACAUUACGACGGUGGAAUCACAGAACAAACAGCGCUCACGGUGAAAAACGCAACUCCCAACGACAUGGGUUUUUACAAAUGCAUCCUGCAAAAUAAUGCCGGCAUAUCCAUUUCCGAGCAAACCGUGGAGGUUUCAGUCUUUUAUAAACCAGUAGUGGAAGUGGUAAUGGAUCCGGAGACACCGGUGAACGAGGCGGAUCGCGUGAACGUUUCGUUAACGUGCGAGGUCGAUGCCGGGAAUCCGGCGGCGCUGUCAGCCGUCCGUUGGUAUUUGGACGGUGAUCUAUUGAAAGAACUUCCGGACUGCCCGAGGAACAGCACUGCCAUGACAGCGUCCACCGAGGAAUCGUCGACAUUCUGCGACAUCGAUCCCAGCAAGCUGCUGCUGGAGUCUGUCGGCCGCUCUUUCCACGGCAACUAUUCCUGCGAGGGGAGGAAUGAAGCUGGCUGGGGACCAAUCUCCCCGAGCACGCCUGUCAUAGUUUAUUAUAAACCCGGUCCGGCAUCAAUAUUCUAUGAACCUCGGCACGUGGUGAAGAAGCAAUCAUUAUCCAUCACAUGCUUUAUUUUGGAUCCUGGACGGCCGAAAGUAUCCAGCUUUAAGUGGCUACGCGGCGGGCACAGACUUGCAGGUGAAAACAAUGCCACGGUCGUCAUCGAGUCGGUUAAUUUGGAAACCGAAGCGAAUUUCACGUGCAUGGCUCAUAACGAGGCCGGCGACGGCGAGCCAGCAUCAACGUUUAUCGACGUAUCCGCGGCACCGACAUUCAUUAAGAAGAUGCAUUCGUAUCGCGGUUUCGUCUACAACUCACCUAACGUGAGCAUCAUGUGUUGGGUCGAAUGCGCUCCUAUCUGCAAUAUUUCCUGGCUGAAGGAUGACAUUGCCAUAGACUUCUCGAAAACGAAUCGAUACUACGUGUCGAACGUUUAUCAUCCGCCUAACCUGAGGACCAACGACUUCGAGAGCGUCCAAUCGACCCUCGUGUGGAAUCUGACGGCCUGGCCGAACGGUCAGCUCGAUCGUGCCGACGAUAGCGUCAAAUUCACCUGUAAAAGCAGCAGCAACGGAAUUGGACCGGGCGUCGAGAGCAGUACUCACUUCCACGUCGAGUUCCCUCCGGAAGAUAUCGCGCUAUCGAAGAAGAUAGUCAACGUGACAGUGGACACCAUACCGGAAACUGUCGAAUGCAGCGCGAAGGCACGACCGAAGGCGAGCUUUCGAUGGUUUCGCGAGGGAUCCAUCGACACAAUUAUGGAAGGCCACGUGCUUGACUUCAAAAUACCGCUACCGCGACGUAGUAAUGGCACCUACUACUGCGAGGCAUCAAAUUAUCACGGUUUCCUGAAUAUUUCAAUGGUCAUAAAUGUGCAAUUUAAACCGGAAUGUCACAUAAAGAAAGAACGAUUCGAGGGCCAGGAUUACGUGGUCUGCUCGGCUAUCGCCAAUCCGGAGAAGACGGACUUCACCUGGUCGUUGAAGAACGAUAACGAUACGUUGGAACAAGGCGCAAAAACACGAAACGGAAAAAGUUACAUGCUUAUCGAUACUUCGGUCACUAACUUGAGGACAUACGUGUGUGUGGCGAAUAACACAAUUGGUUACUCUAUACCAUGUGAACGCGAUAUACCAGCUAACCAUGGACGUAAAAGUCACAUACCUUGGUGGCAUCAAUUGGAGGGUAAUCUGCUGCUGAUUAUUAUCAUCGUAACAGUGAUCAUCAUACUAGUUCUGAUACUGAUUUGCGUGGCCAUCUACAUCGUGUGUCGACGGAAAAGCAGCGAAAUGAAAUACAUUACUCGGGUGGUCCACAUGGAGGAACGCGAACAUCCAGACGGUGGACCUCCCAGCCCGACGAUAUCCUCGGACUCGGUGCAAAGCCCGGCGCAGCCGACGCCGACGCCGGCGCCGAGGUGGCCUCUGAAGCCAGGCGUGCUGGUGCACAUCAAUCGGACUCACAGCCUGCGAUCCGGCCUGAGCGUUCGCGCAAACGAGGCUAACCUGCGUAACGAGCUAGUGGCCAAACAUAACGACGUGCCGCUCAGACAAAAGUUCCUCGACGAGACGUCAUUGUCGUCGAACGGCCGUAAUCCGGCGCGGACGGUAUUCCGGCGUGGUAGGAAAGAUCAGAGCGGGCAGAGGACGGCCAGCAUGAGCAGUUUGCACGAGGACGGUAUGCUCGCCCGUGCUAACAAAAUAAAAGCGAUGUUUGGCGUACAGCUCAAAGAGCAAACCACUCUGCCCGGUAUAUCCAGAGAAAAGACAGCUGUGACUUAUAAGAGAAUCGUACCGCGGCAGCAGAUAUUGCACACCGUGGAAUCAUCUCACGAGCUGAAUCAUGGCAAUGUGUCUCGUAAGCGAAAAAAACCCGGAGCAGAUCCCAAUCAAGCGAAUAACAAUCAUGUGAACAGUGUGUCGGAAGCUCUUCCCGACUCCGGGACAAAGACGUUCUACGAAAAUUUACCUUUCCACGGGAUUCAAGCGCCACCUAACAAGUUGGUUUCUCCUAAGUUUGCCCGAAUUUCGGCUUUGCAUGGCACGUUACAUCAUUCCGUCACGGCCUCGCCGUGCUCCUCACGGCCACCCAGCAGAGCGGUCAGUCUCUGCGACGGCAGUUCCGGCUACGAGUCGAUCAUGAGCCACCUAGGGCCUCAUUACAACAUGCCCAGAAGCAAUUCCCCGGUACUUAAAUACAACACCUUGAAGCCGCGCGGGCGCAAGCAGAAGCACUCGGAACAUUGCCGCCGGCACGAGAACAUUCGCAGGAAAUACGAGCUGUACGCGAUUCCGAUCUACAAAACGUGCCCGCACAAGAGCGACAGCACGACGACGAUCGCGACGAUCGUCCGUUCGAUGGAGGAUGCGCCGUCAUUGAUUCUGGACCAAACGUCGGCGUCGAUGAGCCUGCUGACCCGAUCAGCGCCAUCGACACCGAUAUUGCCGUCACCGACGAUGCCGCCGAUACCAGCACCGAGGACGUCUAGAAAAACCGACCCGUCCAAACACACCUACCAAAAUGUUCCUCCCCCCGUUUUUCCACCGAAAAACGCUUCGUUGCCUAAGCUUAAGACCGACAGCCUAUACAACUACAAAGAACACUACCAGCAGCAACCUUGGCAGGAGAUGCAGCAACACAACUACCCGUUACCGAGCAACAGUUCGAAUCAACUAACACUGCCACUAACGCGCAACCUCUACCAGUCCUCGAUAGCUAGUCCCCUACAGACCUCCUUCGUUCACACUAACAACAGUCGGCCGUCCACCCUGAUGCAUCACGAGAGUGCCACCACCGGCAAUCAUCUGCCCGCGAUGCAUCAGGACGAGGAGCAACAGCAACAGCAACAAUCGCCGCCGAAUUACGGCAAUCAUGACGCGAGACAAUUAUCAUCGCGUCGACACACGACAAAUCGACAGAACGAGCGUAAUCGAAAGCACCGCAAACCGAGCGAUCGGAGCAAGUCGAAGCAGAGCCGACAGAGAGGGAAUCCAUCUCCUCGGCGCAACAACGGUUCCCUCGUGGAGCCGCCUGCCUGCGAGACCAGCUUCCAGGCUCCAGAUUUAAGUAAUAUAUCCGAAGGAAUGUACAAGAUCCCGUAUCCACACUGUUACGAGGACAAUGUCGCGGAGUAUUCCGCCGAUUACGAUGGACCGAAUUCGACGGUGACGCACCAGCAACAGCAGCAGCAGCAGCAGCAGCAACAGUCAUGGGAGCACCAGUCGAAUCACUGUGCCGGCAACAAUACGUCGCAGCUCAUCACGAACGCGAGCGACGCGAAAGCUCGCAGCAAAACGUUCAAGACAAGGCUGCCGACGAGUCUCAGCGACUUUCGCAAACCGUCCACGCCCGUGAUAAUGCAGUACGAGCUUCACUUCCGAGAUGUCGGUCAAGAGAUUGAUGUCUAAAGCCGUUCAAGCCGGAGUUUUCGGAUCUCGAUUAUGCGGACGUGGACUACAAGUCGUACGGGCCGAUUAACUAUAAAGCCGCCAGUAUC